CCACCUGGUGGAGGAAGAGCAGAAGUGCAGCAGCUGAUGGCAGCUUCCUCUGCCUCCCACUGCUGUCUGACUGCAGUCACCUGAACCUGAGAGGAAACACAAGAGAAGAGCCAAUCAGUGGAGGAGCAGCUGAUCUGUUGGUGAAGGAGGAUCAGAGCUGAUGAUGAGGAGGGUUUCCUCUGCAGGUGAAGGUGGAAGGUGUGUGUGAGCUGAUGUGGAUCCAGAGAAUCCAGCAGCAUGGAUCAGUGGGAGGACACACAGGAAGGAGCCCCUCCCUCUAAAAGCAGAGGUGGUAACCAUGACAACCAGAGAAAAGGUCAUAGGAACCAACCUGGAUCUGGAUCCAGCUGGAGGUCCAACAGGAGUGACAUAUCAAAGGAUUUACCAAUAAACUUCAAAGGCAUCCAUUUAGGAGUGGAGCAGAACCAACCUGGACCUGGAUCUGGAUCCAGUUGGGGGUCCAACAGGAGUGACAUGUCAAAGGAUUUACCAAUAAACUUCAAGGACAUCCAUUCAGGACUGAAACAAGGUCAACAGGUCACACAGAGACUCCAGUCUGCAGCCUCCAGCUGUGGAUCCAUGAAGAGUGACCGGUCCAAAUGGAAUUCUCCAGAAUUCAGAACUGAACCAGGACCUUCAGACUCACAUGUCCACAGAGAGAAGAAGAGGAGCGGACCCCAGUCUGCAGAAAGACCCAGAGCUGCAGAUGUUGGUCUGCAGGAGAGUUUUGGAGAACAUCAGAUCAGUCUGAAGAGCAGAAGUGAACAUGUGGCUGAAGGAACUGAAGAAGCAGGAAGAGAAACGCUCCUCAACAGGGUCUACACUGAGCUCUACAUCACAGAGAAACUGAGACCAGAGGGUCACACCCAACAUGAGGUGAUGCAGCUGGAGACAACCACCAAGACCAACCAGCUCCAUGACACUGCAAUCAAGAACCCAGACAUCUUCAAAGUCCUCCCUGACCAACACAGAUCCAUCAGAGUGGUUCUGACCAGCGGAGUUGCUGGAGCUGGAAAAAGCUUCUCAGUGCAGAAGUUCACUCUGGACUGGGCCGAGGGCUUGGAGAACCAAGACAUCAGUGCUGUGGUUCCUCUGUCCUUCAGGGAGAUGAACUUGAUCAGAGAUGAGCAGCACAGUCUUCUCACUCUGAUCCAGCUGUUCCAUCCAACACUCCAGAAGAUCCCAGCAGAACAGCUGUCUGUCUGCAAACUUCUGUUCAUCUUUGAUGGUCUGGAUGAAAGCAGACUUUCUCUGGACUUCAACAACAGUCCGCUGGUGUCUGAUGUCACACACAAGUCCUCAGUCAACGUGCUGCUCACUAACCUCAUCCAGGGACGUCUGCUGCCCUCAGCUCUGGUCUGGAUCACUUCCAGACCUGCAGCAGCCAAUCAGAUCCCUCCUUCAUGUGUGGACAGACUGACAGAAGUACGAGGCUUCAAUGAUGCUCAGAAGGAGGAGUACUUCAGGAGGAGGUUCCCAGAUGAAGAGCUGUCCAGCAGAAUCAUCUCCCACAUCAAGGGCUCCAUGUCCCUCUACAUCAUGUGUGAAGUUCCAGUCUUCUGCUGGAUCACUGCUGUGGUUCUGGAGAACCUGCUGACCACAGAGCAGAGAGGAGAGCUGCCCACCACCCUGACUGACAUGUACUCCCACUUCCUGAUGGUCCAGACAAAGAGGAAGAAGAACAAGUACCAGCAGGAACAUCAGACAAGUCCACAAGAGCUGACAGAGACUGACAGGGAAGUUCUUCUGAAGCUGGGGAGGCUGGCAUUUGAACAUCUGGAGAAAGGAAACAUCAUGUUCUACCAAGAAGACCUGCAGCAGUGUGGUCUGGAUGUCACAGAGGCCUCAGUGUACUCUGGAGUUUGUACUGAGAUCUUCAGAAGAGAGUGUGGGAUCUUCCAGAAACCGGUCUACAGCUUUGUUCAUCUGAGCGUUCAGGAGUUUCUGGCUGCAGUCUACAUGUUCCACUGUUACUCCAACAGGAAGGUAAAGGUCAUUGAGAACUUCCUGAAGAAGAAAAUGGAGAACCCAUCCCUGGAUGAGUUUUUGAGUAGAGUCAUGAAGAAAUCCCUGCAGAGUAAAACUGGACACCUGGACCUGCUGGUUCGCUUCCUUCAUGGUCUCUUUGUGGAGUCCAACCAGAGACUCUUAGGAGGCCUGCUGGGUCAGAGAGAGAAGAAUCCAGAAACCAUCCAGAGAGCCAUCAACAACCUGAAGGAGAUCAACAGUAAAGGAGUCUCACCUGACAGAAGCAUCAACAUCUAUCACUGUCUGAUGGAGAUGAAGGACCUCUCAGUUUAUCAGGAGAUCCAAGAGUUCCUGAAGUCAGAGAACAAAUCAGAGAAGAAACUCUCAGAGAUCCACUGUUCAGCUCUGGCCUACACUCUGCAGAUGUCAGAGGAGGUUCUGGAUGAGCUGGACCUCAACCAGUACAAGACAUCAGAUGAGGGUAAACGGAGACUGAUCCCAGCUAUGAGGAACUGCAGAAAGUUCAGACUUUCAGAACGAUGUGGACUCUCAGAGACUUACUGUGAAAUUGUGGCCUCAGCUCUGAAGUCCAACCUGUCCCACCUGACAGAAUUGGAUCUGAGCAACAACAGCCUGAAGGAUUCAUCCGUGAAGGUUAUGUGUUCUGGACUGGAGAGUCCAAACUGCGGACUGCAGACUCUGAGGUUGAAGGACUGCAAUUUAUCACAGAUCAGCUGUAAAUCUCUGGUCUUAGCUCUGAAGAAAAACCCGUCCAAUCUGACAGAACUGGACCUGAGCGGGAACUACCUGCAAGAUUCAGGAUUUCAUCCUCUGUGUGGUUUUCUGGAGAGUCCAGACUGCAGACUGCAGACUCUGAGGUUGUGGAGCUGCAGUUUGUCAAAGAUCAGCUGUGAAGCUCUGAUCUCAGCUCUGAAGAAAAACCCGUCUAAUCUGACAGAACUGGACCUGAGUGAAAACCAGAACCUGCAGGAUUCAGGAGUUCGUCAUCUAUGUGGUUUUCUGAAGAGUCCAGACUGCAGACUGCAGACUCUGAGGUUGAAGAACUGCGGCUUGUCAAAGACCAGCUGUGCUGCUCUGGUCUCAGCUCUGAAGUCCAACCCGUCCCACCUGACAUAUCUGGACAUAAGAGGGAACAACCCACAGUCUUCAGAUGUUCAGCAGCUCCAGGAUCUGGUGGAGAGUCCAAACUCCAAACUGCAGACUCUGAGGUGGAAGUAAAGGUGAUUCUGAUGUUCUUCCUGUAGGAGCAGAGAGGAGCAGCAGCAGCUGGUCUGCAGAGAUGUUGUGACUGGACGGUGUUCCUGGGAGGUGGAGAGCAGAGUGAUGGAGGAAUCAGAGGAAGUGGAGAUGAGUGUCAGGGCUGCAGCAUGAACUGAUCUGAGAUCAGCUCCACUGUCUCUCUCAGCAUCAAGUGGACAGUUAUUGUGCUGCAGCUCCCCCGGUGGACUGAUGGAGAACUGCACUUCCUCUUAUCAUUCUAACUUGGAGUGUUGAUCUGAAACAUGGGUUAGAUUCAGAUGUUCAGCAGCUCCAGGAUCUGGAGAAAAACAGACCUGCGGACAAACAGAUUCUUUUCUAGAUCAUCAUUUUCUUCUUUGAUCUACAUUUGAUAAACAGAUGUGAGUUUGGGAUGGACCAAUCAAGGAUUGAGGGAAUCAUUGAUCAGACAGAACAUUUCUGGAUGACAUAGAUCUAUGUGUGGGUCAGGGGAAAACACAGUCAGGCGUUGGAUCCUGGUUCUGUCUCUGGAACAAGGACAGAACCAGAACUCUGGAUCACAAGAUUCUGGUUCCAGAUUUUUCACACUUUUCUGUUCCCCAGAAACUCUCAUUGACAAACAAACAGAGUUUCAUUCAGAAACCUCCAACGUGGUCAUGUGACCAGAAUGUUCAUAGUACAAACACGGACAAACGCUGUGGUCACAUGACUCACUGGUUUGGAUUCAAGUCAUUUGAAGUCAGUUUUUGGAGCAGAAAUCCCGUCUGAUCUCAGUUAGUGAACAAAAGUCUCUCAGUUGAUUAAUUUUUCUAUCAUCUCUGUUCUGUUGAUGAUCAAAUAUUGACUCAUGCAGUUUGAAAGACUCGGAGUUUUGGUUUGAUUGAUGUUUUCCACAGUUUUCUGAUUGAACUGCCUUUUUCUUUGGUGUUUUGUGGGUAAAACUCUGUUCUUUUUCAUGCUUCAAACUGCAUUGAAACAGGAUAGGAACUGCAGGGAAAACUAAGCAAAGCUGUCUGUAAAAUUCCUGCAGCCUGUUUGGAUCUAAUAAAUGUUCUUUUGAAUCAA